ACCGCCUUCGCGGCCGUCGUCGUCGGCGUGGCGUUUCCAAUCGGUCGUUCAGUGCGUCGUUCGGCCGCACAGCGACAAACGCGCGUAGUGUGUUCGACAUAAAUCGAUCGAUUUAUAGAUCGGUAAACACAGGAAUAGAGACGGACACCACCCGACCGGCCGAUAACCGCAAACACGACAACGGUUCGAUCGCCACACGCCACUAAUCCCGAACCGCCGACAUGUACCACGCGCACCACGAGCACGACGUAUUGACCGGAGCCGACCCGAUGGUCUUACAGCAGCACCACCACCAUCACCAGGACCAUCACGGGACCACGUUUAUGCCGAUCAUGAACGAUCAACAGCAGCAGCAGCAACAACAACAACAACAUAAUAACCAUCAACACCACCAUCACCAUCACCUGCAGCAGCAACAGCAACAGCAGCAGGACCAACAGCAUCACGAAGAUCACAUAAUUCUACAGCAACAACAACUACAACACCACCACCACCACCACAUCGAACCCACCGAUUCGGCCGGUGCCCUGGUCCCUUUCGGCCCGCAGGAAUCUGUAGGCGGAGGCGGUGGCGGAACUCAAACGGUCGGAGCCUACGAGACCAGCUGUUGGCAGAUACUUCCACCGGAUUACCCGUACGACGACGACCUGAGAUACGACAGGCUUUUGGACAGUAUAAAAAUGCCGAGCAGCCAAACACGACCUUCAGGUUUCCACAUAUGCGACAUAUUGGACUUGAACGAUGGCAAAGUCAAUUCCACUGAUAACACAAACACACCUCUGAGUUCCCAUAUCAACGCUCCGGACGUGCACAACGUAAGCACCGGCUUCCAGUUCCCUAGCGUUCUGCAAUCAUCUACCGAGCUGUUACACCAUUGGCCCACGUCGCUCACCGAACUCCGAGGAUUCGGAAUGAACCAUCACGGUGCCCAGCAAGCCAGCCCAGACAGCACGUCUCCCGGUGUGACAGACCUGACGGACACGUCAAGCACGCCCAGCGGAUUGGCGGCCGACACUUCGAACGUGAACGCGAACGUCAGUGCGGGUGGCGGGCCCGGUUCCGUAACGGGCGCCGGCGCCAAGGAUGAACCGUCCGAAGCGGACGGCGACGAUAUGGAUGACGAUUUCGAGGAAGAAUCGGGCGGCGGGGGCGGCGAACAGGACCGGUCCGGUUCGUCCGGCGCUGGCGGUCACCCAUCCGACGUCAGCGGCGGCGGUGGCGGAGCCGGCGCGGUGCACAAAAAACGCAAGCGUCGCGUCCUGUUCAGCAAGGCCCAGACGUACGAGCUGGAGCGCAGGUUCCGGCAACAGCGGUACCUGUCGGCUCCCGAACGCGAACACUUGGCCUCGAUCAUCCGGCUGACUCCUACGCAGGUGAAAAUCUGGUUCCAGAAUCACAGGUACAAGACGAAACGGGCGCAACAGGAGAAAGGCAUGCACGUGGACCAUCACGCGGCGGCCGCGGCCAACGCUCUGUCCUCGCCCAGGCGGGUCGCCGUGCCCGUGCUGGUCCGGGACGGCAAGCCGUGCACCAACCAGCAGCCCGGUGCCGGCGGCAAGGCCGAACAGAUGGUGUUGCCGUCGUACUCGCAUCCGCUGAUGCACGGCCAGACGCCCAGAACGUGGUGGUAGUUGUGCGACCACGACCGCGGUAUAAUGUUAUAGUGUGUGGUCAUCGCGACGGCCAGUAUUGUCUUCCUAUGUAAUAAAAAUAAUAAUAAUAAUGAUAAUAAUAUAUGUACCUAACGUAUAAAUAUAUAAUUAUGUGUACAGCGCAUAAUACAAUAUAUAUAUAUAUAUACUAUAUACCCGUCGAAAAAAUUAAAAAAACGUAUAACUUCCGACCGCCGCGCCGUUAUGUCAUAAUUUAAUAUUAUUGUUGUGUAAAAUAUUCGAGUACGUGAAUUCGACCUACGUUUUCACGGUAUCCGAUGAGAAUAAAACAAAAAAAAAAUAAUUGAUUUACUCGAUAAAUCGUCCUAUAUAAAUUUAUAUUAUACUCGACAUAUAUAUGAUGUACAUAUUAUAUACCUCAAUUAUAAUAAUAAAAAAAUAAGAAUAAUAAUUGUAAUAAUAAUAUUAUGUGGCAUUAAAGUGUUAAAAUAGAUUUUUUCGGUCCCUCGUCAGCGCGGUAUCGUUCGAAUGUUGGCGAUCACACGCCGCGCUACGACUGUGUCCCCCUUCCCUCGUUUUGAUAAAACAAUUAUGUAUUUAUAAGUAAUUAUAUUAUAUUAUUAUUAUUAACGAUAUUUUAUCGAUCGGAAAUACAGUAGAUAGUAUAGCGUACGCAUGUAUAUGUAUAUUAAUAAUAUUAUUCGGAAGUAACUAAUACAUUUUAUAAAAUGUCCAUUUGUAAAAAAAGUUUUAAAAAAAUUAGGCUAAUUGUAUUAUCAUUAAAUAUUAUUAUUUAUUUAUUUAUUUAUUAUUAUUAUUAUUAUAUUACUUAAAUAAGAGUUUAAAGAAACAAAAGACUAGUCAUUACGUGUAUUUUAUUUGUUUAUAUAUUUUUAUUGUUAGAACGUUAUAUUAUACGCACCGACGGGUUGCAUAUUGUAAUUUUUGUAAUUUUCAAGUUGUACAUAAAAUUAAAAUCGAAAAACAUAUUAUGUUUGUUGAAUAAUGUUAUUCGAAAUACGAGACAAAAUGUAUGACAAAUUUACUUGAUCAUUAU